GCGGAUCCGCCUCCGACGGGGCGGGGAAGCCGCCGAAGGUUCCUCCGCCUCUCCCUGUUGGAUCCUGCGGGGCACCGCCGGGUCGCUCCGGCUGCCGCCGCCGCUCCAACUGCCGCUAUGGCGCGUAAACUGACCGCGAGACUUUUCUCCUUCCUUCUCGCCCUUUGCUUGGGCAAAGGCGGCGCCGCCGGCACGGAAGAGCUGGUGACUGGGGAAGUCGAAGGUAACGUCACCCUGACGUGUCGGAAUGUGUCUGAGCAAGCGGUCAAAGUGGAAUGGUUUCAUGGGGAACCAGGUGCUAUCCCUAUCCUCUUCUCCUCGGACGGCAGUCUCCCUUCCGACACUCGCUUCUCCCUCAUACACAACAGUGCCUUGCACAUCUCCGGGUUGCGCCCGCAGGACGAAGGGAACUACACCUGCAAGGAAGUGCUGAACAAGACAGACCACAUGCACAGGAUCCAGUUGUUUGUAGCCAGUGGCCCUGACAGGGUGACAGUCAACAUCAGCCCUGCCGUGGCAUUGCCGAAUGGCACACUCUACGCAUGGAGACAAGGUACCCUCAACUUCACCUGCACCAGUGAAUCCCGCCCCAUCCCCACAACCAAAUGGGAUUUCUCCCAGCGCAGCCCCGAACAGGAGCCAUUCACGGAUGUCAACAGCUCCCUGAGCUACUUUGUCCUCUACAACCUGUCGCCCAGCUACCAAGGGAACUACUCGUGUUCGGCAACCAACCCGCUCAGCGGUCGCCGGGAGACAGUCACCCGUGAACUCCUGAUCUACUAUCCUCCUCCAUCUCUGCCUCGGUGCUGGGCUCAGACCUUCGCGGGAGACUCUGAAGGGGUGCAGCUGUUCUGCAGUUGGACCGGGGGUUACCCACCCCCCAUGCUUCAGUGGACCCAUCUCGGGAAGCUGAGCUGGGACAUGAACACAACGGGCACUGCCGACACCAGCGUGGUGGCUCUGAACAGCUCCCACCUGCUGUACGGGAGGGAGUUUGUGUGCCAAGGGAGACAUCUCCUAAAGCAGUCCAGCGAAGCCUGCACAGUGCUGUUGGAGGCCCCUUGGCUCAUGUCUGACCCCAUGAGGAGCUGCUUUGCAGGGGGAGCCGCGAUGAUGACCUGCCAGUCGACAGCCGGCAAUCCGCCUGCCAAAAUCACCUGGCUCCGUAACACCUCCUGGACGCAGACGGAGAUCCGCUCUGGCGGGAGGUUCCUGGUCAGCCAAAAGGGCAACGUCUCCACUCUCGUCAUCCAGAACUGCUCUGACAGCACGGACAGCGGUUACUACCUUUGCAAGGUCGAAAACCCCCUGGGGCUGAAGGAGGCGUAUGUUUACCUCUCGGUGAUCGAACCUGUGAAUGUCGGAGGCAUAGUAGGAGCUAUUGUGGUCCUUCUGCUGUUGGGGGUCCUGAUCCUCUCUGGAGUCCUCUUAUACGCUGGACCCCGUCUGUGCCCGAAAGGCAACAUGCUCAGGAAUCGAGAUACGAGCGACAUCCUUAUGCUGAUGGAUUCGGAGGAAGAGGAUGUCAUGAUGGAAACAGCAGAGGAGCCUCCUUCACAUCAGGGGGCUGUAUUGGCAAAUGGAUGUUCUCCCAAGCCUACUAAAAGCUCUUGUGCAGAAGUGCCCAGCGAAAUCUCCCUGGAGGAAACCAACAGAGAAGGGGGACCCAAACCAUAGAGGAGUUCUCCAUCUUUGCCUUUCAUGCGCUAGGAACCAAAGCAUCAUCACAAUGUGGCUCUGUCUGGAUUCGAAUAAGAGGAAAGGAAAGCUUUCAGCAGCUAUAUCCAGGGAGAAGGAGUGCUUUCAGCAGCCAGAUGGUUCUCUUCUCAGAGUCUUUCUUCAACCCCUUUUGUUCACUUUUCGCACUUUUUGUAUUUCUCCAUAGAGAUGGCUCUAGAAAUCCACCCCAUUUGGAUUUGGUACUGAGUUUUCCAUGACUUCGCUUAUUCUCCAUCAUUGUGGAUUGUAUUUUUAUGUAAUGAUUUUUGGAAACUUUUGUGUUUUUUUAAAAAAAAUCCACCUCUAAAAAAUACCGAAAUUACAAAUAAUAAUUUUAUUGGUAUUUCCUUUCAUUUGUUGAAUUUCCCUUCAAAAUACUGAUUUUAUUUUGGGGUGUUUUUUGUAUGAAAGACAAACAGUUUAGUAAAAGCAGGGUCUAGAGGACAAUAGAUUGAACUCAAAUCGAUACUGGCUUGUUAGGUCAACGGAAUGCUUUCGCAAUGCAGGACGUGUGUCUAGAUGCGGAGGACAGCAGUUUGGUUGCUUCUUUUCUUGGGAACAAGGUGGGAAGACCAAGACCAUGUUAGGACCAAGCUUUGUUGGACAAGAAGGGCUCCAGGGCAGUUUGAAGGGCUGGAGGUAGAGAGGGGAGGGUUGCCUUGUCUGGAACCCAAUUCCAUUUUUGCAGCUUGGAUUUUUUCUUGGCAUGAAAAUGAAUCGGGGUUCUGAUGUUUGCGGUUCUUAAGAUCCAAGGGCUCCUGCUGGGAGGAAGGGCAGGAUACAAAUUAAAUAAAAACUAAAUAAAUAAGGGCUUGGUGACUCCGUGUCCAUUGCGUGCCACCCUCAGCUUGUGUCUUUGCAGGGGAAGUGGCCAGUACAUUUCCACUGUGGCCUUGAGCAAGCUGAAUGUGCCCCCCCCCAAAUAAUUUCAUCUGUUCCGGAAUUCUCUUUUGGGAAGAGCUGUAACUCAGUGGUAGAGCAUCUGCCUUGCAUGCAGGAGGUCCUUGGUUCAGUCCUCGGCAUCUUCAGGUAGAGCUGAGAAACACUCCCUGACUGAAACCAUGGAGAGUCGCUGCCCUUCAGUGUAGGCAGUACUAAGGUAGGUGAACCAAUGGUGUGACUCUGAAUUAGGCAGCUUCCUGUGUGGGGUCCUGCGCAGUAAAUUUCAGGAUUGGGGCCAUGUAAACCUGCAGAGACUACCAGGCCACUUUGACCUGCCAGAAAUGAUACAAGAAAGCAGAUCCUAUGAAGAAAGUUUGAAGUCUUCAGGCUCGUCAGUUCUCUGUUAUUGAAUCCCAGGAUCUAAAGCAAGGGGAAGGGAGAAUUUUGACCCGCCUCCUGUUGCUGAACUGCAGCUCCCAUCAGUCCCAACAAGUAUGGCCAAUGGCCAGGGAUGAUGGCAUUUGUAUUUCAGAAACAUCUGGAGAGCCUCAGGUUCCCCACGACUAUUGUAAGCAGUGGAGGCUAGUCCAUUAGGGUAAGUAGGGCACUGCCCCACUGACCUCUGUCUGCCCUCAGCCAACCCUCACCUGCCUGCCUUCUUACUUAGAUCUAGUCCAGUGGGUGAUGCGCUACCUGUCAGCUUUCAUCUCCUUAGUCUCAGGAUUGCCCCUUGUGGAACUCAGCAGAAAGGAAGAUGGGGACAAAACUAGAGUUUGCUGGCUGUGUCUGCCAUUGGCUCUGGCGCCACCUACUGUUGGGCUCCCUGCCUCCUGCCCUAUCAGUCCUGAUGGGCACCAGCCGCUUCUGGUUGUAAGAGCACUGAUCAGCUCACAUCCAUUUCAGUGAGGACUGUGCAGGUAGCCUGUACCCCCCCAAAAAAAAACCUUUUUCCAACCCACCCACUUCCUUGCAUAUGUGUCUAUGCUUGGCUGUUUGGGUAUGGCGAACUGCCCCCUAGGAAAGAAUUGUUACCUUGAGGCAACAGCUGGCUCUCAAACUCAAUUACAAGGACUUGCAGAAAUGCAGUGUUUUCUUCCGUGCAAUGUAUCUGUGGAGGUGAGCUUUUGCUUGUGGAAUAAAAAUGUGCAUUCUUUUGCA